CAUGCGAUCAGGACAAGUGACAUAGUCAAUAAGUUAAGGAGGGAGCAUAUAUCCUAAUUUCAAUUUUCCUAAAAGAUUUACGAAUAGGAAAAUGGCGGCGUCAUCAAAGGGAAAAGUAUGUGUGACUGGAGCUGGAGGAUACCUAGGUUCUUGGAUCGUCCAACUUCUCCUCUCUAAAAACUAUGUUGUUCAUGGAACUGUCAGACAACCCACCGAUGAGAAGUCUGGUCACCUGAACAAGCUUAAAAAUGCAUCUAAUAAUCUGAAACUUGUCAAGGUGGACUUACUGGACUACAACUGUCUCUCUUCUGCUGUUCAAGGUUGCACUGGAGUUUUUCAUGUUGCUAGUCCUGUUCCAUCCACUACUGUUCUGAAUGCUGAGGUUGAAGUACUAGAGCCGGCUAUAAAGGGAACACUAAAUGUGCUUAAAGCAUGUGCUGAAGCAAAGAUUAAGCGGGUUGUUAUUGUGUCCUCUGGAGCUGCAGUUAUAAUGAACCCCAGCUGGCCUAUUGGUCAAUUGAUGGAUGAGAGUUGUUGGUCCAACAAGGAAUAUUGUAGAACAAUUAAGAACUGGUAUUCUCUUUCCAAGACAGAAGCAGAAAGUGAGGCUUUUGAUUUUGCAAAACAGAGGGGGCUGGAUGUUGUAACUGUUUGCCCCACCCUCGUUUUGGGACCAAUUUUGCAGUCCACGAUGAAUGCAAGUAGCCAGGUCCUCAUUAAGUUUUUGAAAGAAGGGUAUGAGUCCCUAGAGAACAGACAUUGGCUGAUAGUAGAUGUACGCGAUGUAGCCGAAGCAUUGCUUUUGGUAUAUGAGAAUCCCGAGGCAGAAGGGAGAUACAUAUGCACAACACAUGCGAUCAGGACAAAGGACAUAAUCGAGAAAUUGAGGAGCAUAUAUCCUAAUUAUAAUUAUCCUAAAAACUUCACUGAGGGAGGCGAAGAAGUAAGGUUGAGCUCAGAAAAAUUGCACAGACUAGGGUGGAGUACCCGUUCACUAGAAGAAACUCUCGUCAACUCUGUGGAGAGUUAUCGAAAGGCCGGAAUGUUGGACUAGUGUGACGUGGUUUUCAUUGGCCGGUUUGGAACCUGUCUCGCAAUUGAGUCAUCAUGGAUGCUGCAUUUUAUAAUUAUAGGGACUUACUAGUGUAUUAGUUCAGGUUGUCAUGCUAAAUUGUUUAGGAAGUGAAAUGUUCUUUUUAAUGGUUGUCAAGUUUAUGCACGAGCAAUGAAACUGAGAAGCUAGGGUAAAAGGCUAGGCAACAGUAAUAUGUUAACAUCUGUGGGUUAGUUUGAAUGUCCAGUAUUUGAAUGAUUUAUAUAUAUUAGUUGGUGGCUACUAGAAGCAUCAAAAUCUGGAUGUAUGAUGAGGGUUGAUACAUCAAUUAUUAAGGAGGAGCUAAUAUAAAGCUGUUUUGGA